AUGAUGGUACAAGCCGCGGAUUUGAGGAUGAAAGAUCCCAAGCAGAUUAUCCAAGACAUGGAGAAAUUUGAGGAAAUGGAGAGUAGCCCAGUGCAACAGCCACAGUUGAACGAGAAAGUACUGAAAGACAAGCAUAAGAAGCUGCGGGAAACCUUCGAGCGAAUUCUACGACUUUAUGAAAAAGAAAAUCCAGAUGUGUACAAGGAAUUGAGAAAGCUGGAAGUAGAAUAAGAACAGAAGAGAGCUCAGCUGAGACAGUACUUUGAUGCUAUCCAGAAUGCUCAGCAUGUAGAAGUCGAGAGCAUCCCUUUGCCAGACAUGCCUCAUGCUCCUUCCAACAUCUUAAUCCAGCACAUUCCACUUCCUGGUGCCCAGCCACCCUCCAUUCUGAAAAAAUCCUCAGCCUAUGGGCCUUCACCUCAAGCAGUGUCUAUACUUCCUCUCCUCGGACAUGGUGUUCCACGUUUGCCCCCUGGCAGAAAACCACCCAGCCCUCCUCCUGGCCCACCUCCUCCUCAAGUCCUGCAGAUGUAUGGUCGUAAAGUGCGCUUUGCUCCAGAUCUUCCUGAGAGGCAAGGUGAAGACAUGCUGUAUGGUCCAGAACUUGCUCAGCGGGGUCAUGAUGACAGUGGCUAUCCUGAGGCCAUGGAUCAGGAUAAGUAUGACGACAGCGGUGAGGACAGUGACACCGACAGAUGUGAUGCAGAGAGUGGGAGGGGGGGUAGGUUGGGGCACCGUGAUGACAGUGAGCAAGAAAACCCUGAGGAGAAGUCAGGUCUGAGUGUCCGAUUUGCUGAUAUGCCUGGAAAAUCGAGGAAGAAGAAGAACAUGAAGGAUCUGACUCCUCUUCAAGCCAUGAUGCUUCAAAUGGCAGGUCAGGAAAUCCCUGAGGAAAGACGAGAAGUGGAGGAGUUUUCAGAGGAGGAUGAUGAUGAGGACUUUGAUGAUUCUGAAUCAGAAAAGCAGUGGCAAAAGCAGCAUAAAGAGGACUCCCACUCUGAUGGCACAUCUGCUGCCCCUUCACAGCAGCAGGCUCCUCCACAGUCUGCCCCUCCUUCUCAGAUUCAAGCACCUCCCCUGCCAGGACCACCACCUCUUGGACCACCGCCUGCCCCACCCUUAUGGCCUCCUGGACCACCUCCAGGGGCUCCUCCAUUCCUGAGACCACCUGGAAUCCGAGGGCCUUUACCACAACUUUUACCUCCAGGACCACCACCAGGCCGACCUCCUGGCCCUCCCCUAGGUCCCCCUCCUCAAGGACCCCCACCAAGGCUACCUCCUCCUGCACCUCCAGGUAUCCCCCGUUCUGGUCCUGGUAUGAUGCGCCCACCCUUGGUGCCUCCUCUUGGACCUGCCCCACCUGGGCUUUCCCCACCAGCUCCCUUGCCCAACCCAGGGGUGUUGAGUGCCCCACCCAGCCUCAUUCAGCGACCAAAGGUGGAUGAUGCAAGUGUAGCAGCCACUAUCGAGAAGAAAGCCUCUGUGACCAUCAGUGCCAAGCCCCACAUCACCAAUCCCAAGGCAGAGGUCACACGGUUUGUGCCCACUGCACUGAGAGUGCGCCGAGAGAAGAAGGGGGCUACUGCUGUUCCCCAAAGAAGGUCAGAGGAGGACUCUGCCGUGCCUGUUGCCAAAGCAGCCCCCAGACCCUGUCUCAAUUAGUAAAGUGCUCAUUGUCCUUCUGUUCCUGCCUCGGUACAAACUAAGGACGAUGCUUAUGAAGCAUUUAUGAAGGAGAUGGACCGGCUGCUGUGACAACUGCUCAGAGAGCACUGGUUGUGGACCAAGAGGCUCUUUUUAAAUUAGUGAAGAGUAUUGUCCACUGCCAGGUGUUUCCAAGUCCAGUUCCGGACCCUCCUAACGUUUGCCUGGCUGGGACUCCCCUCGCAGGGGUUAGGAUGGACCAGGAUGUGAAGCACUGCUGCCAGCACUGACCCUGACACCAUUUCACCUCCUUUCUUCCCCUCUCCAUUUUGGAAGUUACGUCAGAGAUGUCUCGGUUACUUGUUUUGACUCAUGUGCUGUGGGCACUGGAGUGGAGAUUUCUGGAGGGAACAAAAAGGAUUAUUUCAUCCUGAGUUUUGUGUUUUAUGUUUAAUAUUUUCCUGUAAAUAUUUUGUAAUAUUUUACUUUUAGUGAAAUGGAUUACAGUGUCAAUUCCUAAUUCAAAGCAGGAUAUAUGGGAAGAAAAUGUACAAUUCUCAGAUUAAAGUUAUUUCCCACAAGCUAAACUCUUUGAGUGUUUCAUGGA